CUCACCGCCCAGUGCGAUAACAUCUUUCGCGGCCUUAUCAACACCUCUCCGCCAAAAAAAAGUGAUCAAUUCGAUGCCCACCGCGAAGCACAUAACAACUCGGAACUGGCCAACCCACCAAGUAGGCCGCAGCAUCUCCAUUUCAUGCUCUCCCGCACACAAUGCCUGCCAAACGCGCUCGCGACGGAGAUUCCGCCUCCGAGGCGGGCUCAGCGGCUGCAUCGGAAGACGGAAGGAAGUCCAAGAAGGCCAAGCAUGGUUUCCGAGUUGGGCCUGAGAACCUCCCCGACGGGCCGUGGCGGCGCAAAGUGGCCAAGAUCAAAAAGGAGCUCAUCACCAAAGCCAAGGUCAAGAAGCAGUACGCCAAAAUCAAAGCAGAGCACCAAAAACAGCAGGCCGCCACCCCGUCGAAACCAACAGAAGACCAAAACCAGUCCGGUGCGCUUGAAUCCGGCAGAAGCCCUGCCUCAACACCGGCUCCGGCUCAGAUUCACCCCGAGCGACAAGCCAUGCUCGAAUCGUUCUCCUCUUCAAAACAACAGCCUCCCGCAGCGCGCUCCUCCUUCUCCGAAACCAACCCAACCACGCCACAAAAAGAGCCACAACAGCAAGACCAACAACAAGACCAAGACCAAGACCACCAACAACCCCCGCGCGGCGGCCAACAACAACAACAACACCGACGACGCCAACGACCAGAUUACUUCCGCAAGGAGCUCGCCGCCGCCGAGCGCGCGCGGCAGCAGGCCGAGGCGCGCGCGGCCGAGGCGGCGCGGCGCGAGGAGGAGCGGCAGCGGCGCCGGGCCGAGCGCGAGCGCUACCGCCGCGCCAUGGCCAAGGCCAAGACGCCCGGGCGGGACGGCAAGCCCAAGCUCGGGCGGGAGAGCAAGCUGCUGCUGGAGAGGGUGCGGAAGAUGAUGGGGGAAGGAGGGUAGGUAGAUCUGCCGCUGUCUGUGGCGGUGUGGGUGUCGGUGCACCGAGGAGGAGGGGUGGUACAGGGGUAAUUGGGGGGGUUGUACGGGAGGGAUUUGUAGGGGGAAGAAGGUAUGUGUUGGAGAACCGUACUAUGAAAGGAAGUGGAGGGAAGGGGAUGGAGAUGGGGAUGGUAGGAGAUGUUUUGUCAUGAUACCCUGGCUGACGUGACGCUGGCCCUGGAUUGGGCUGGGUGGGAUAGCGGGCGAGGAGAGUACACAUUGCAGAUACCAAUAUGCUGUCUACACAGUAGGGGGCGAGAAACAGUGAGUAAACCAAGACCUACUUGCUGA